AUGGCCGACGCAACAACCUCCAGCUCCCAGGCUACACCUGGUGACCCAAACAUCUCCUGGCCAAUCGAGCGCCUCGCACACACCGCCGAAUCAGAAUGGCACCCCUCCUUCCCACAGAACCAGCGCCGGCCCAGUAACGCGUCAAACGCAAGCUAUAGCUCGACCUCCUCCACUCCAGACCUCGAUCGAUCCAAUUAUCCCGACGGUACAAAGUCACUGUCGGGCAUCUCCCUCCGAGCCUUCCUCCUAGGACUCACCCUAGGCGCUACACUCGUUCUUACACUCCUCCUGACUACGGUCUUCCGAACGCCAUUCUGGCGCGUACCCUUCUUCGUCGGUGCGCUGAGCCUGUUCCACUUCCUCGAGUACUACGUCACGGCGCGGUAUAAUACACGGUAUGCGUCGGUGGGCGCAUUCCUUCUCACCUCGAACGGAUGGGCGUAUAACGUCGCGCAUGGGUCUGCUAUUGUGGAGUGUAUCGUCUCGCACUUCUUCUGGCCAGAGUCGACUCGCGUGGGACGAUUGCUGUCGUUCCCCGAGCCGUUCUCUGGUUCGCCAGUGUCGUUGCUAUUGGUGAUUGGAUUCGUCUUGACAAUUGUUGGCCAGGUUGUCAGGACGCUAGCCAUGGCACAGGCAGCGAGUAAUUUCAACCAUCACGUCCAGUCUGAGCAUCAGGAGGGCCAUGUCCUGGUUAAGACCGGGUUGUAUGGAUAUCUUCGGCAUCCGAGUUAUUUUGGUUUCUUUUGGUGGGGACUGGGCACGCAGUUGGUACUGGGCAAUGUGGUGUGUUUCAUUGGGUAUACCCUCGUGUUGUGGAAGUUCUUUUCCACUCGGAUUAAGCGCGAGGAAUCGUUUUUGAUUCAAUUCUUCGGCGCCGAAUAUCUUCAGUACCGUCAGGAUACUCCCGUCGGUAUCCCAUUGAUUCGCUAG